CAAAUAUACUUUUCAUUUAUAGCGGGUCCAAACUAAGUAGCGCAUGGCGAACUCUCUAUAACAGGGAUAAAAGAGAAAAGGAAAAAAGAGAAGAAAAGAGAGAACUGGUCCUCUUUUAUUCAUUUAAAUUUGUUUCUUUCAUAAAACCCUUUAAAAACAUUGUUUAAUUUUUUGUUAGUCGAUCGAUCUCUGUACAGAUUCGAUUCGUGGUGGGAGCUUGUGAAUGUUCAUUUUCAUUUUGAGCUGCGGUAUUUUAAUUAGGGUUUCGAAGAAAGGCGAUCUGGCAACGCUGUUUCAGUCACGCUUUAGAGGAAAAAGGUGAUGCAGGCGUGCUAUUUUAAUUAGGGUUUUGAACAAAGGGAAGAGUUGGUGUUAUAUAUUGGCAAAUUUUGUAGAAGAUUCAGGUGGUACCCCUGGAGGCUGGAAAUAUUGCUGAACUGCGUGCAUUUGCAUUUAGGAGGGUUAUAAUUAGAAUCGACUGCUUGAUUGGUUAGGGAUUUGAACUGAGCCGGUCAAAUCUUAUGCAAGAUUCCGCAAGUAGUUGUGGAUGUUGUAAAUCUGGUCUAAGGGAUUGUCCCAGGUUUUUGGGUUUUUGUAAUCAAGGUGCACGGGGUCGCAUGGACUGAGAGGCUGUGUUGACAUCACGUGUGGACGUCUGAAGUGGAUAUGCAGUUUGGGGAUGGGGCACAAGAAGCGGAAUUCCGGUAACCGUAACCGGGCAGCAACGCCCACUGAUGCUGCCUCCCAGGCCAGAGUCCCAGAGGGGCCGGAGCCGACUGGUCUUGCUGAUCCAGCCUCUAAUUCUGAUGGAUUGGCAGAAGGAGCUGGUACAUUGUCCAGGGAUCAUAAUGGUGUGGAUGCAGAUGGAGUUGAGCCAAACGAAAAUAAACUGGAUGCAGAAGUGGGGGGUGGGGCAGUGCAGCGCUCCACUGUAGCAGCAGAGAUGAUGUCGACAACAAUGGCUAAGACAAGUAAUGGGGUUAGAAAUGGAGUAAUAGUCGGAGGUACAAGAGCUGGUAAUGCAACAAGUGAACAUGUAGGCGAAGCCUUAGAAGGGAAUGGUGUGGGAGCAGGGGCAAAUGGGGAUGUUUCUUCCGUUAAAGCAGAUUAUGAGAAAGCCCUCCUGGCAUUUAGGAGGGGAAACCACAACAAAGCUCUAAGGCUUAUGAAGGAAUCUUGUGCAAGGCACGACAACUCUCCACUGUCACUUCGUCUACAGGGUAAUAUCUGCAUGAAAAUUGCAGCUCUUAUUGAAGAUCCUAGUUUGAAGCAACGGCACAUGAGAACUGCUAUUGAAUCUGCAAAGAAAGCUGUUUUGCUUUCUCCUCAGUCUAUUGAAUUUGCUCACUACUAUGCACAGCUACUCUAUGAAGCAUCCAGUGACAGCAAGGAUUAUGAGGAAGUGGUUAAAGAGUGCGAGAGAGCUCUUUCUAUAGAAAAUCCGGUAGACCCUGCAAAGGAUAGUCUUCAAGAUGAAAGCCAGCAAAAACAAGGGACACCCCAGGCAAGAAUCAGUCAGGUACAGCAGGAGCUCAGGACACUUGUUCAGAAAUCUAAUAUUGCUUCAAUUUCUAGUUGGGUAAAGAAUUUGGGAAAUGGGUCUGGGGAGGAAAAGUUCCGUAUAAUACCAAUGAGGAGAGUUGAUGAUCCUAUGGAGGUGCGGAUGUUACAGAAUAAGAGGCCCCAUGAAAUUAAGAAGAACAUUAAAACUCCUGAAGAACGCCGAAAGGAAAUAGAAGUUAGGGUUGCUGCAGCAAGGUUAUUGCAACAAAGGAACGAGACAUCUAUAGAAAGUUCAGAUCAGCGAUCCAACCAACUUGCCACUGGUAACCAGCGUGCAGAACGAAGGAAAACACCAAAUUCUCGAAAGCUCUCUCAUGCAGUUUCUAUUGAAGAGAAAAUGGAGCAGGUGAAGCCAUUUUGGUAUUCAAUGGAAAACCAGAAAAGGCAGGAAAUGCUGGAAAUUUCGGUGGAGGAUCUCAAAUCUCAUUGGAUGUCAUCCAAAGACAACACAAUCACAGAGUUACUAUCUGAGGCCUUAUCAUUUGCUCAUGCCAACAAAACAUGGAGAUUUUGGCUUUGUCGCAAGUGCAAUGACAAGUUUGUUGACAAUGAAGUUUUUAUGCAGCAUGUUGUUCGUGAGCAUGUUGAAAGUCUUUCACAUAAGUUUCAAGCAGUUCUACCCCAAGAAAUUGAUAGCAACUGGGCUGAUCAGCUUAUGAAUGGAGAUUGCAGGCCUAUUGAUGGUCCUGCUGCAAUGAAGUUGCUGGUAAGAUCCUUAUGUGGUGUUAAGGUCAAAGAGCAUAUGGCCGGACAACUACAUUCUGUUGGUGGUGGCUCUGACUGUUCUGGGAAUGUAAGUGAUACCGGUAGUUCUUCUCAAGAAACUUGCUUGGAAAACAAUGUUGACUGCAUAUCCAAAACGUCCAAUCCUACUGAGGUAGAGGGGGAAGAUGAUCUAAAACUAAGAGGGGCCUCUCAAUCUGAGCAACUCAACAAUGUUGAGUUUGUGAGAGAGGAAAGACAUUCUAAUAUGGAUGCUGAGGACCACAAAGGAGGGAUUAAUCUUCAAUCAUUAGCAGAGCUUUGGCCUUUGGUAGAUGAUAUUGAACGCGAGAAGCUUUUGGAGAGAAUCUAUAGCCUGUUUCGUGCUCUAAUUACUCAUAAAUGCCUUGCUGCUUCUCAUCUCUCUAAAGUGAUUCAGUAUGCAGUUGAUGAGCUUCAAAUUCUCAUACCUGAAGCAUCUAUGCAUUAUGAAAUCAAGCAGUCACCUGUUUACAUUCGAUUCUUGCAGGCCCAUCAACUUCGUAAUGUAGUCAAAUAUUUACGUGACCUAGCACAUUCUUGUGGAUUAGAAAGAUAUUCAGACAAAAUUAGUACACAAAAUAUUAGUGAAGAUUGUCAAGAAGCUGAUGUUCAAGAGAGGCUUAUUCUAAAUGAUGAUUUUACUAGUCUUGUUUUGGAUGAACGUUUAUUGACACAUAUCAGUAAUGGAGGCAAUUUGGAGAAAAGUAGCAGCAUUGUAAUUUCCCAGCUUACGGGAUUCAGUAUUGAUGAAUGGCAAGACAAAAUCCCAUUGGUGGAUUUACAGCUGGCUUGGAUUUUUGGGAGUUGUUCUUAUGAGCUUCAACCCCUGGGAUGGAUGCAACUGAAAGAAGAGAAAUCACGGCAAGGCAUGGAAGUUCUUCGAACACUAGAUAAUGAGUUUAAGCUAUUGCAAAAUCUUUGUGAGAGGAAAUUUGAAAAUUUAAGUUAUGAGGAGGCUCUGAAUGCUGUAGAAAACCUUUGUCUUGAAGAACAUAGGAAGAGGGAAGAGACAGGAAAGGUUGCUUCUCAAAGCUAUGAUGCUAUACUGGAAAAGCGAAAGUCAGAGCUUUCUGAAGGGCAAAAUGAUUCUCUCUUAUCUCAAUAUACGAUUGAGCGUGAUGCAAUUAAAAAUAUUCUUCAGGAAGCUAAAGGCCCACCUCGAUUUGGAUAUGAUUUGAGUGAAUUAGAUGUUGGUGAAGAUGACAAGUGGAGAAAGCAGGAGUCGUUGCCACUGUCAGAUUCCUGUAUUCAAGUGGCUAUUCAGAGGCAGAAAGAUCACUAUUCCACUGAGGUUAGCAAACUUGAUGCUAAAAUAAUGAGGAAUGUUUUUGGCAUGCAACAAUUGGAACUUAAGUUGGGUCAUUUAUCAUCUCUUGAUUACCGAAUAGUUGUUUUACCACUUAUCAAGUCAUUUUUAAAGUCCCGCCUAGAAGAUGCAGCAGAGAAAGAUGCGACAGAAAAAUCUGAUGCUGUACGAGAAGCAUUUUUGGCAGAGCUAGCACGUGAUGCUAAAAGGAAUGAUGACAAGGGGCUUGAUCAAUUAAAGCACCCCCAGGAAAAGUCCAAGGACAAGAAAAAGAACAAGGAUCACAGGAGAACCAAAGAUGUAAAGGGAACCAGUAAUGGUGGGCAGCAGAACAUUCUCGAGGAAAACAUUUGUGAAUGUGUUACUGAAGAUGAGCAAGAUAAAACUGGAGGCCAAAGAUGGAUUAGAGAAGAAGAGUCAAAGAGACAGGAAGAAGAUGAACUAAAAUGGCAAUUUGAACUUGAAGCUGAGGAAAGAAAGCUUGAGGAAACAUUGGAAUUACAAAGAAAAAUUGAAGAGGAGGCAAAACAAAAGCAUCUUGCAGAAAUAAGUAAAAAACAAACAGAAGAAGAAAGACGAUGGUGUAUGCUGAAAGAUUCCAAUUCAAGUAUUAGUAGUGAUCCUUAUCUCAAUAUACAGGAGACUACAAAUAUUGUGAACGAGUGCAAGGAUAGCUAUACUUAUCAGCAGCAACUCUUGGUUGAUGCCAACUCUGUGCCACCAGGGAAGAAAAUAUUUUCUUUUGGCAGUUAUCCUGGAGAGGCAUCUACAUUUCCUGAGGAGAGAGAUUUUUGGUUAGACGACUGUCAGAAUUAUUCAAUACAUCAAGAGAAACAUAUAAGUGCUGGAAAAGAUAAAUCUUAUCUUGGUUCUUUUGGGCAACAAAAUCACCAGGCAGUGAAGGUCUCUGAUCAUGUUGAUAAAGGUUCAUUGAUGGUUGACAAGAGCAGAUUGACAACAAUGCAGAUGGACAACAAAAUUGCAGGAGAGGCUGUAGUCCCUGAUAACAGUUUAAUGAAUCAAGAGAGACAUAGAUUGCAGGACUCCAAUUCACAUUCUAAUUUUAGGAGUGGUGGAGAUAAAUCCCUACAGGUGACAGAACGUGAGAAGUUCUCUUCAUCUGGGCAAAAGUCACGAGGGCAUAGAAGUAGGCAGAAGUCUAACACCCAAAUACCAGAACGUGGCACAUAUACUUACAUCCCUAAAGCAUCUUCAAAACAUGAAAACAGUCAAUUUGCUGAGAAUGGUGUGAUAGAAAUGCCAGAUUCACUUCCGCAUAAUCCUUUACCUAUGCCUGGCUCCAAUAGACAUGGUAGAACAACUGUUGCAGCACAAACAAGAACAGGUUUAAAUCAAGGUGUUAGUGAGAAAUCUGGAGUUGUGUCAGGUGAAAACAACUCAAAGACAUUAAGGCAGCUUCAUGCUGAAGAAGAUGAUGAAGAACGUUUUCAGGCAGAGCUGGAGCAAGCAGUUCGGCAAAGUCUUGAUGCCUAUAAUGCCAAGCACAGUUCUUUGAGUUUACAUGAAGCUACCAAAACUGAAGGUGGAUACCCUAUGACUGAUGGCAUUAUACAAACCUCGAGUGUUUUGCCUCUAAAAGUAGGGACUGAAGUGGAAACUUUUGGGAAGGGUUUACAGAAUGAAGUUGGCGAGUACAACUGUUUCUUAAAUGUUAUCAUACAGUCACUAUGGCAUUUACGGAGAUUUCGGGAGGAGUUUCUUGCACUGUCAAAGUCCCUGCAUGUCCAUGUGGGCGAUCCUUGUGUUGUCUGUGCACUCCACGGUAUUUUUGUUGCUUUAAGCUCAGUGACAACAGAAGCAAACCAUGAAACUGUUGCACCUACUUCAUUGAGAAUUGCUCUCAGUACACUUUACCCUGAGAGUAAUUUCUUUCAGCAGGCACAGAUGAAUGAUGCAUCUGAAGUAUUGGGUGUGAUCUUUGACUGCAUGCAUCGUGCAUUUACAUCAAAUGGCACAACUUCAGAUUCAGAGUCAGAUGGGAGUACCAACAUAGGAUUGUGGGAUUGCCAAAACCAAACUUGUAUUGCUCAUAGGCUGUUUGGACUUGACAUUUCUGAACAGAUGAAUUGCAAGAGUUGUGGCUUAGAGUCACGGAAUUUAAAAUACACUUCAUUCUUUCAUAAUAUCAAUGCCAGUGCACUCCGCACAAUGAAGAUCAUGUACAUAGAGAGUUCCCUUGAUGAACUUCUCAAGUUCGUGGAGAUGAAUCAUCAAUUAGCAUGUGAUGCUGAGACUGGUGGCUGUGGACGGUUAAAUUACAUUCACCAUCUUCUUGGUGCUGCACCACGUGUGUUUACAACUGUUUUGGGUUGGCAGAAUAAUUGUGAAAAUAUUGAGGACAUAUUAGCUACUCUAGAUGCAAUUACUACAGAAAUUGACGUUGGCGUCAUUUAUAGGGGAUUAGAUGAAGGCUACACACAUCGUCUGGUAUCUGUGGUUUGUUAUUAUGGUCAGCAUUAUCAUUGCUUUGCUUAUAGCUUCGAGCAUGCAAGAUGGGUCAUGUAUGAUGACAGGACUGUCAAGGUGGUGGGUGGAUGGGAUGAGGUAAUCGACACAUGCCGAAGGGGUCAUCUACAACCGCAAGUCCUUUUCUAUGAGGCAACAGAUAAUUAAUUUUGAUAAAGCUGAUUGGUAUCAGGCAUGAUACUGUCAAAUUGUUAUAUGCUUCUCCAAAAGUUCAUACUUACAUGUUGAGGGUGGUGAUUGGGCGAUUAUGGUUUGAACAGAAGAUCUCUGCUUUAAUCUCAGAGCAGAGUAUAUGUGUAGCGGGCAACACGAGAAGUUAUUGAUAUUUAGUUACCUGGUUGCAUUGUUAUUAAAAUGUACAUGCACCCUGAAGUGAAGCUGCAUGAUGGAUAUCAUAUUUAUGUAAGACAAUUCUCAACUGGGAUUGUUUUACCAGUUAGAAGUUGUAUCACUUGCUAUGUGAUUUGAUCAAAGCUGGAAUAAGAUUGGCAUGAUGGAUGACAAAGCAAUUUCUUGUAAUAGAAUUGGGAAUUGUAGGGAGGAAGGAAAGGUGAUGGCAAAGCAAUUUUUUUAAAGCUAGCCACGAAUUGUACCGAGAGAGAGGAGUUACAUCGAAGGUUGCAAUUGCUCCUUUUAUAGGAGGCAUUCAGGAGGAUCUUAUGUUUAAAGUAACAUGUUCUUUCUUAGAGGCUCCAUGGUUUUUUCUUCUCAUAAGUAAAAAUAAAGAAUAUCAGCCAUUCUUUUUGAGUCUGUAUAUUUAAACCCUAUUUUUUGACUGAAUCAUAUUGCAUAGAUCAACACAGAAUACAGAAGCGUUCAAACCUCAACUUGAGUUUCAGCAGACCUAAUUCUGCAUCUUAUGAUUAAUGUAUGUACGUUGCACUUUUUGGCUUAGAACCUUAAUGAGAAUGUAACAUCUUCCACAUGAGGAAAACUGAUGCAGCUGUGCCAAAACUCCAUGGAGGUGCUUCAAUUUUUCAAUAGUCGUGUUCAUGUAUCAA